GCCGCAGCCUUUGCGGCAACAAGAACGACUGCAGCUUUCACAACUGCAAGAAGUCCCAGCCUCCACACCGACUCCACCUUCUUGUCCGAAUACCACCAGUGGUCAGUCCCAGCCAUUAGGUCCUGAAAAAGAGAGUGGAGCAAAUGCAAAUCUUGCGUCUAAGAGCUUAAACAGAGUUGUAGAGUCUGGAUGGAAGGAAGGGACACCGUCGGUGAAUGAGGAACAUCUUUCUCAAACUUCAGGUGGAGCCGAAAUCCAACAUGACAAUAGAGGGACAUCACCAACUGGACACGCAGCGCCAACUUCAGCUGAGAGGAGCCCAGCAUUAGCUACAAACUCAGAGGAAGCAUUUGAUGAUGCAUUUUUAGAUGCAAAUUAUGAAGACAUCUUGAAUGAAAUUGAUGACAACACCUUUGCACUCUCCAGUAUGAGUCCUGAACAAUCAUUAAAUAUGAGCUUUGAUGAUUUAAAUGAAACAUCAACCAGCAUUACAGAACAGACACAGUUGGGGAAAGAUCAUGUUGGAAGCUCAGUGUUGAUAGGCAGCACUGACCUAACACAAAACAGUAAUACUGAGUUCACAACACCAGCUUCAAGCAAUGGGGCCACACCAACAAGGAUGUGUACAGGUUACAAUAACAGCUCAACACCGGGAAGAAACUGUGAACUAGAAGCAAGUAAGAUUCAAGAUGAAAGUCACAUUUUAACUCCAAGUGUUGAGCCAAGUCAACCUGAGGUGAAUCAAGGUUGGAGGCCAGAGGCUUCCGUCUUGACUGUGCUAACACCAGUUGAUGAAUAUCAAAAUGAGACACGAGCCACAACUGAGAUGGCAGAAGAUCAAGGCAGUCGAGCGUUUAGUACAAGCAACCAAGAUAAGAGCACAUUAACCAAAUCUGCUGAGCUGACACCAAGCGAGGAAAUUCGAGAAGGAGGAGUAACAUCAAUGGAAAAUGUUGAUCAAACAUCUCAGAAUGAAAACUGUGAUAAGAGUGCACCGUCAGCCAAAAGUACAGAGCAAACAUCAAGCCAAGGUGGUAUCAAAGAGGCUGUGACAUCGACUGAUAGAACAGAACACACCUCAAAGAAAAAUCAUAAACCAGAGAGGACACCUUUGCAUGGAGGUACACAUCCACCAUCAAAAACAAAGUCAAAAGAUGGGAGAACACUGACUUCAACAAGAUCGCUCAAGAAACCCAGACAAGAAGGCGCAAGAUCAACUACAGAUACAACUCUCAGCGAGAAGACUGCCGCCAAUCAACACACAGAUUAUAACAUAAAACCUCAAGAGGAGGAAGAAACUUCCAACCUAAUUUCAAAGUCUGCACAAAAUGAUGAACAUGGCGGCAACAAAGCGUCUUCUACUGGAAAUAUUGAGAUAACACAGAGUGACCACAGUCAGGAAACAGAGAUAGUGCCAAGUAAAACAUCAAGGGAUAGGAAAAAGGUAGCCCCACAUUUUAAAUCCAAAGAUAAAUCAAGAAAUCAAAACAAAGAAGCAACUAAUGUUGGAAAAUCUCACCAUGAAGAUGCACAAAGCAUGGAAGCAACAUCGACCAAGAGGCUAAGAGAUGGUCAGGGUUCUGAGUCGCCGCAAAAAAGGAUGAAUAGAGACAAAGGUUCCACAUCAACUAGAAGCAAAGAAGUCAAAAAGUAUGACACACGCAGCAAAGAAAGCACAACAUCAAAUCAAGAUCCCGACCCACCUCUGUCCAAUACCGACGACAGCGAAUCAAGCGAAGCAGAGGAGAAGGUGGAAAACCCCUACAAGUGCGACAGAUGUGGCAAAGUUAUGUCCAACUUCAAGAACUACAAAUUCCACAUGAAGACUCACACAGUCGCAAAGACUUACAAAUGUGACACUUGUGGAAAAAUGUUUAGAGAGAGCUGGGACCUGAACAAGCAUUUGGUCAUCCACUCCGCUGAGAAGCCUUACAAAUGUGACGUCUGCGGAAACGGUUUCAACCGCCGCUACAACCUGGACCUGCACCUCCGGGUCCACACGGGGGAAAAGCCGUACAUUUGCAACACGUGCGGAAAGACAUUCAGCUCGUGUGUCAAUAUGAAGAAGCACAUGAGGAUUCACACGGGCGAGAAGCCCUACACGUGCAAAGAGUGUGGCAAAGAGUUCGCCGACUCUUCCGCCUUCAAAAACCACCUGCGGGUGCACACGGGGGAGAAGCCCUUCAAGUGUUCCUACUGCAAGAAGAAGUUCGCCACCAGGACGACUUUGAAGAGACAUAUCAGGACGCACACGGGCGAGAAACCGUACGAGUGCACGGUUUGCGGUCGAAACUUCGGCCACAGAACCGACCUGAAGGGCCACAUGAGGAUGCACACAGGCGAGAAGCCUUAUAAAUGUACUACUUGUGGAGAGGACUUCUCCACCUGGUCAAAACUGAACAAACACAAGCGGAUCCACUCAGGUGAAGCACAAGACUCCACUGAAUAACAUGUUAAAUGUAUUGUAAGGUAUCUAAAGAGCAAGUGAGGAAACUUGAGAUAAGUCACUAGAUGUCAAGAGGCUAUAGCUUAGUUUUGAAUUAAAUUUAUUCAACAUUUCAGGUAUAACAUAAAUUUUCUGCACACUCUGGAAAAAAACUGUCUAAACCUUGUUUCCAUCUUCCUCCUUUCUUUUCCUUUCGGUAUUUUUUCUUUUUUUUGUUCCUCUAUUGUUUGCUUUUCAUUUCCUUCUUGCCUUCCUUCCUUAAUUCCUUUAUUCUAUGUCUGUCAUUCAUUCUAUCCUUAAUUUAUUUGCUUCCUUUAUUGUUUGAACUUUUCUUUCAUGUGUUUUUCCUUCCUUUCAUGAAUGUUUACUUUGUUUUGUGUGCCUCUUAUUUUUCUCCCUUCCUUUCCUCCCAUCUUCCUCUCUUGUUCUACUCCUUAUUUUCUUCAUUUCUUACUAUUUCCUAUGUUUCCAGGCUCCAUAUUUAAACAUUUAAAGCCUGCUGCCUGCCUGUAGAAAAAUCUGCUGUUUGUUCAUAAUGAACUUGAAUUUUAAAUGUUGAAAUUAACAUAAGAUUUUGAGAAUUCUGAGAAUUUAAGUUUAGAAAUUUGUAAAUUUUUACAUGGAAAAUGUUUAGAAAUCCUGUAAAAAUUGCAAACAUCAUCAGCUAUGGUUUUUCUGAAAAAUGUCACAGAAUUCUUUGCCGCUGAAAACGCUUUUAGCUGAAAAUGACAACAAAAUGGAAGAAAAAAAGAUUGUAAUGGGUUGUUAUUAUCUCAGGUGCUGGUGUAAUAAUGGUUGUAAUUUUUUUAAAAGAUGUUUCCUUUAAUUUUUGCCAGCUUGCUAAGGACUUAAGAACUAUUCUACCGAGGCAUGGACCAUUAUAAUAUUCUGACAGCAAAAUAACGUAUGAUUAAUGAUUAAAGAUGCUGAGGUAAUAGGUAUUUCUUAAGACAUAAAUUCAAAUUCAAAUAUACUUCAUUAAUCCCAAAGGGAAAUUAAAUGUUGUUGUAUGUCAUUAGUUCAGAUUGACUUGAUGGUAUAAGGACCUAUACGCACAAGGUUCAAAUAAAAAUGCACAUCAUCAUUUUGCAUUUAAGGAACGUUUAUUCCUUUUGCUGCGUAAAUACUUUAACAUAUUGAGGUACAUUAAUUAUCACAUUUUAAAUCCUAAUUCCUGACUGCUCGCUCAAGAGAACAUUAUCAUUUUUUUUUGCUGUUCUGCUCUUUUUAUGGUAGAGCAACUAGAUGUUCGUUAGUCAGAUUACCUACUCUGGUACCUAGCAUGAAGUCUGCUGCUUGACUGAUUAUCACCUUACUAAUAGCGCAAGUUUCCACACCAUGAAUAUGUUUCUCAUGACUUGAUAUAUUUCCAAACAGCCAUAUUUGUCUUUCAUGUAAGUGAUGGGAAGUUAGCAUCAGCCCGCUGACACGUUCAUAGAGUUGCAUUAUUCCAUGCUCCAUACAGCCUCUGGCACGCUCUCUAUGACAGAACAUGUUAAUAAUGUUUUGUUUUUUUAAUAUCUUAAUUCUUUAAACUUUGGCAUACUUUGAUUGAAGCGACCAGGCCCAUGCCUUAUGCCUGGCUUUCCUCUGCACUCCUGGUGAGAUCAUGACAUCAGUGGUUUUUCUUUUUGUUUUAUUUAAAAAAACAACAACUUUAAUAACGGUUCAGGGUUUCAUUCUAUCCCUGCUGACGUUGUGCACUUCGUUGUUAAAAUCCAACCAGGAAAGUGAAAAUGUGUUUUGUCAUCCCAAAGGAUUUUAAUUUUGUGUGCUGCCUUUACUUGAUUGUUGUUUUCUUUGCUGGUUUUUACGCAUACCGUUUUAUUUUUUAAUAGCAGUUAAGAUACAGCUUCAUCACUGGCUGGUGACAUGUUGCUAUCUCAAAACCAAUUCAGUUUCAAUCAUGUGACCAUAUUAAGCAAUGAAUUUUUUUUUUGUUUAACUUUCUUGUGUGUGACUUACCAAAGAUCUCAGCUCUCUCUUUGUCAUUUAUUGUUGUGUGGAAAAGAAUGUUUGAAUAAACAACUGGAAACUAAGACACUUAAUACAAGAGAAACAGUUUUGAAAAUUGUAGCAGUCAGUUUUAUUUUGUGUGCUUUUGAAUUCCUGUGUGAUAUGUAAGAAUACACAGAAAUUAUUGUCUUAGAAAGCUGUCUAUUUUCAGAUGUUGCUUUAUUCAAGUUAGAAUAUUAAAAUAUUUUUGAUAAUC